AAUUGGCCCCUGUCGGCUGGCGUCGCACGCAAGAGCACGCUGGAGGACCCGGGAAAAGGAAGUGUGAGGGCCACUGGAAAGGGAGAAAGGGUGUCACAACUUCCGGACCCCGGCCCUCGGCUUGAGGGCGAAGGCAAGUACAAAUAGCUGCACUGCCCGCGGCCUUGGAACCCAGCCCCUGACGGACUACAGCUCCCGGGGUAUUUCCAUUUUAACAGGGAACAAUCCCUGAACCCAAAGGAAUGAAUCCCUAAUGGUGGAGUUUCAGGCAUCAGUGACAGGCUGAACCCGGAUUCCCAGGGCCCAUGCUUCCACCUGACAAAUGAUGGCUUGAGUUAUGAACAAACAGGACUAUACGAACACUUCGGUGCAAGAGCCCCCUGUGGACUACUCCUUCCGAAACAUCCACGUGACCCAAGAUCUGUUAAACGAGAAGCCACGGACAGGGCUACGACCACUCAGGCACGCAAAGUCAGGGAAGUCUAUAUCUCAGUCCCUGUGGCUGAACAACAACGUCCUCAAUGACCUCAGAGACUUCAACCAUGUGGUUUCACAGCUUCUGGAGCAUCCAGAGAACCUGGCCUGGAUUGACCUGUCCUUCAACGACCUGACUUCCAUUGACCCUGUCCUGACAACUUUCUUCAACUUGAGUGUGCUCUAUCUCCAUGGCAACAGCAUCCAGCGCCUUGGAGAGGUGAACAAGCUGGCUGUCCUCCCUCGGCUCCGCAGCCUGACACUCCAUGGGAACCCCAUAGAGGAAGAGAAGGGCUCAUCCAGACCCUGGUCACCCCCCUCCUGUCCUAUGCUCUGAUCUUCCCCAAGCAGGAGCCUCCAGCCCAGGGCCCAGGUAGGGACCAUGUCCCCCGCCAUCGCGCUGGCCUUCCUGCCACUGGUGGUGACAUUGCUGGUGAGGUACCGGCACUACUUCCGACUACUGGUACGCAUGGUCUUACUCCGGAGCCUCCGAGACUGCCUGUCAGGGAUGCGGAUUGAGGAGCGGGCCUUCAGCUAUGUGCUCACCCACGCCCUGCCUGGGGACCCUGGUCAUAUCCUCACCACCCUGGACCACUGGAGCAGCCACUGCGAGUACCUGAGCCACAUGGGGCCUGUCAAAGGUCAGAUCGUGAUGCGGCUGGUGGAGGAGAAGGCCCCUGCUUGUGCACUGGAGCUGGGCACCUACUGCGGGUACUCCACACUGCUUAUUGCCCGUGCCCUGCCCCCUGGAGGUCGCCUUCUCACUGUGGAGCGGGAUCCACGCACAGCAGCAGUGGCUGAAAAACUCAUCCGCCUGGCUGGCUUCGACGAGCGCACGGUGGAGCUCAUCGUGGGUAGAUCAGAGGAGGUGAUCCCGCGCCUAAGAACCCAGUACCAUAUGAAUCGGAUUGACCUGGUGCUCCUGGCACACAGGCCCCGACGUUAUUUGAGGGACCUGCAACUGCUGGAGGCCCAUGCCCUGCUGCCAGCUGGUGCCACAGUGUUAGCUGACCACGUGCUCUUCCCUGGUGCACCUCGCUUCCUGCAGUACGCCAAGAGCUGUGGCCGCUACCGCUGCCGCCUCCACCACACUGGCCUCCCUGACUUCCCUGCCAUCAAGGACGGCAUAGCCCAGCUCACCUACUCAGGGCCUGGCUGAGGUCCAGGCCCAGGGGUACUUACUGCUGCCUCCCCCCACCCCCCAACCAAGCAAGGACCUCAGAAUAUCCCCUCCCCUCCCUGCUUGUGGACUGACACAUACUGGGCUCAGGGCUGGGGAGUCUCUCCUCCCACCUCUGUCUCACUCUGGCUCCACACUAACCUGAGGCCUCAAGUUCUGUCAGGCUCUUUGAUCCCACUGGUCCCCCUCCUUCCAGUCCAGAGUCAUGGACUGACAGGCAAGAGACUUCAGCUCACAACACAGCCCUGUCACUGAUUUGCUGGGUUACUCCAUGGGAGUCCCUGCCCUGCUCUGAGAUCUAAUCUGUUCUAACACCAAGGAAGUUGACUAGGAGAGCUCCAGGGGCCUCCCAGUUCUGGCGCUCAGAAAGCCUGCCUCCCACCCCCCACCCCACCCCACCCCAUGCCAUUCCAGGUGGGAUCAAAGGAAACAGUAAACACUGAGUUAGAGGCCCUGCAGGAAUGGCUGGGUGCAAGCUGGGCCAGAGGAAAUGGCAGUGGAGCCUGGGCCCACAGCCAGGGCUACCCUGGCCUUCCAUAGC